GUGUGGAUCACCAAUGCCUACGAACACGACGGCGCAAAGGUCGCGGGUGAUGAAAUCUUGGCCAAGCUGCUGGGCAUGGUCAGUGGCCACGAGUUCUUUGCCUAUUAA